AUGUUUACCCCCAAUAAUAAUGAGGAACUAAACUCAAUAUUGUAAUAACUUUAAUAGAAAAAUUGCAAAAAAUAGGUUCAUAAACGAACAGCUAGUCAAGGUUAAACUAGUUUAGUCCGUAAACAGGAAGCAUUAUAAAAUUCGUAGGCAAUUAGUCAACGACCCAUUGAAAUUUAGUUUUAGGAGGAGGUUCCUGAGUAAUAAUCUCAAUUUUUAAUGAGAAGAGGUAGAAAGACAAAAAGUAUAGUGUAUUAAUCAGUGUCUGAGAAAGAGAGGUAAAUGUUCGAGAAGCAAUCCUAACAAAGUAGAUAAGAAUCUAGCUAAAAUAAGCAUAAAAGAUUUAAUGAAGAUCUUACCAUGGUUGAUGUAGAUCUUUCAAAGACUUAGAAAAUAGUUUAAGAUAAUUUGUAAAAAAAGGGAUAGAUAUUCUAUAGGACACGGAAAAGCAUAGGGGAAACACGCAAAUAAGUGGAUCAACUCUUUCAGGGAAGCACUCCUAAUAGUUUCAUUAAUCAUUAGGACUUUGAUCCAUAUUUAUAGAAAGAUUCAAACUAGGGGAGUUUGAAGAAAUUGAGAGUAGAUAUAGAUUAAGCCCUUUCUAAGAUAAGACCAAAUACUAGGUCAUCAAUGAAAUCUAAGGACUCAGUAAUGAGUACAUUGGACAAAAAGCAAGACCUAAUAGAGGCGAUUAAAUCUAUGGAUGACUAGUAACUUCACAAGUCAUAUUAUGGAAUAAAAUAAAUUAUCAAUGAGUCUCAAAAGGGAGGUGAUAGCACUUAGAAUUCAACACCCUAUGGGGACUCAAGAAAUCAAGUUGAUAUCAACUAGAUCAAGGACGAUAAGAGCAUGGGAUCUUUUAUUAAUUCAUCGAGACCAUUAAGUGUUGGUACACACAAUACUGUUAGUAAAAAGAUAGAUGAAAAGUCUGUCUUAGAACGGCAGGAAAAGGAAAGAAUGGAAAAAUUGAUAGCUGACCUUUAAAAGAAAAAUGAUAAUCUUACUAAAGCUUUAAAUUAAUUUGUACUUGAUGAGAGCAAAAAUAUUAGCAGAAGAUAUUCUUCAAAGGAAAAGCAGCAUCAGUGA